CGGGGUUACUGAGAAACCGCGCUUCUGGAAUCCUUCGCGCCAAGCUAUGGCCGGCCAGAAACCCGGUGGGAUGCCCGGUUGGCCUCCUCUCUCUGGGCAAACCGGCUCCGGAAGAUGGGACGUUUGCUGAAUGGGAGCCGUCUGGCCCUCCAUCUGACAGGUUACCUAGAGGCGCUGUAACUUGGAUCCUGAAGCGGAGAUGGAGAAAUCAGGUUUGUCUUCUUCCAUCUCUGAGUGGCAGUUACAGAAGCAGGAAGUACUGAGCCACACCAGAACAGCCUUGGCUGAGCAAAGUCUUCUUUCAUCAGAGAAAUGGCUUCAACUUCAUGGCCUUAAAAGCAACAAAUUGACCCUGAAACAGAUUUUGUCACAGAUUGGAUUUCCGCACUGUGAAGAGUAUGUGACUUCUCUGGGAAGACUUGUGGCUUCUCGAUAUGCUGAUGGCCUGUUCCCGCAGUUCUACACGGCAGAAGAUGGCAGAGUCUACAAUCUGACUGCUAAAUCAGACCUGAUCUGUCAGUUGGCGGACUGUUUAACACAAGCCGUGGAGUGCUACAAACAGCGGAUGGAGUGGCUCACCAGUAGAAGCCGGCAGAUUUUUGGUGUCAUCUUAGAACAGUGCAUCACCCUAGUGCUGGACUGUAGAGAUCUUCAGGAGGGGGAGCUCAGUCUGUGUCGAGAAGCUCUAACAAUGGUCCUGCAGGAGCAGGUGGCUCGCAUAACCAAGUUCAAUAUCAUAGGGGUAUCUCAAGAGCCUCUGAAAUGGCAGGAAACCGCUACUCCUGUGACAGAAGAAUCCAUAGCGGCUGCCAUCAGCUGGGUUAAGAAACUGACUUUUGAGCAGACUGUGAGUGAAGUUAGCUGCCUGGAGGCUCUGCUGGAAGCUGGGAAAGACAAAACCAUUGAAUCCAUUUACUACUUCGUGGUGGGGGAUGUUCCUGAGAAAUCCAAGGAGCUUCUCCUGCAGAGAGUUUUGGAGAUUUCGUAUCCAGUCUACACAGUGUCCUUCAAUGCCAGAGGAGGAGGCACUAUGGCUUUCCUAAAGGAUCUGAGUGCCAAGACACACAGCAGGUUCCAUGCAUUCGCCGAGCGUUCAGAGUGUACAGACUUCCCUACGCUUCCCCCACAGGAUGGUGACAGUGAGAUCGCUUGCAAUUCGAGGAAACUAAAAGGAAAGCUCCCUCCAGGAGCUGGAGUUAGAGAGGACGUGUUUCUCAUUUGGAGGGAAUUGGAAGAAGCUUGCAGCACGUUGGCCCAGAUCCAGAGGCUGGUGGCCGAGCCUCCUAAGUCAUGCGUGACCACACCAGAGUACGAGUCACGAGCAACGUCUGUUGGGAAUGAAUCAAAUCCAGAGGACAACUGGGACUCCAAGAAGUGGCUGCAGAAAUACGGCCUGAAAUCCCAGAAGUUAUCACUUUAUGAUGUACUUGCCGACUGCUCCUUUCGUCAUGCAGAUGGAAUUGUUGACAUAAAAGCCAAACCGGAAAAUGAAUCCGUGCAGACCAGUGCGGAAACUAAGAAGAAGACAGUUCAUGCAAAAUAUUGCAGUAGGUUUGUUCAUGCUCCUUGGAAGGAUGGAAGCUUGGUUCAUGUCAAUAUUACGAAGGAGAAGUGCAAGUGGUACAGUGAGAGAAUUCACACUGUUCUGGCUAACAUCCAGAGGAGGAUUACACGGCUGCAGAACAGAAGUCAACGCCUCUUUGGAAAAGCAGAUCAUGAGUGUGUCUAUGUUCUCAUUGACACAUCACACUCAAUGAAGAGCAAAUUGGACUUGGUGAAGGACAAAAUCAUUCAGUUCAUACAGGAACAACUGAAACACAAAAAUAAAUUCAAUUUUGUGAAAUUUGAUGGUCAAGCAGUUGCUUGGCGGAAAAAGCUUGCUGAAAUCAAUGAAGAAAAUUUGGAGGAGGCUCAGUCCUGGAUUAGAAAUAUUAAGGUUGGAAGUACCACAAACACCCUGAAUGCCCUACAGAUUGCUUUUGCUGAUAAAGAAACACAGGCCAUCUACCUUCUAACAGAUGGGAGACCUGAUCAGCCACCUGAAAUGGUUCUGGAUCAAGUCAGAAUUUUUCAGAAAAUCCCCAUUUAUGCCAUCUCUUUCAACUACAAUGAUGAGAUAGCAAAUAUAUUUUUGAAAGAACUUGCUUCUUUGACUGGAGGAGAAUUCCGUUCUUACAAUUUUGGUGCCAAGGAUCCUCUUCCUGCUGAAUCUAUUCAGAAUGAAGAUGUGACUCUUUUAGUUCAGGAAAUGGAGCAGGGAUACAGCGACCUGGAGAAAGUGCAAACCCUUUAUUCUGAGUCUCUGAUCUUGGACUGGUGGUACAACGGGGAAAAGGAAGGAAACAAGCACCAAAAGGAAAUUUCGUCCAUAAUUUCAACCCAAGAAAAAUGUGCAAAACCUCAAUCUGAUGUCAGAACAACACAAACCACUUCCUUAAAUACAUUGAAAGUACCGUGGGACCUCUCAAAUCAGAAGAUUCAGAAAAAGAAAGUUCUCCAUGCAGAAUCAACCAAAACCAGCCUGCUCAGAAGCCAGAUGUCCACCUUCAGGAGCUCAGCUGGCAGCAAAAGGAAGGACAGCCCCUCUCGCUCCAGCAGGUGCAACCCUGCUGCAAGUGACAAAGAAAUGAGUACCCUGCCGACAAAUAAGUGUCCGAAUGACAAAUCAUCAGGAAGAUUGAUUCAAGAAGGAAGCCAAGUCUGUGAUGACGACUCUGUAGAUAUGUCUUCAGAAGACUGGCUCCAGGUCCACGGCCUGGUCGCCAAGAAGCUCACAAUCAUGGACGCCCUGUCUCCGACCACAGUUCCACACAGCCCCACCUAUGUCCCCAUUCUGGACAAGCAUGUUGUUUCCAAGGUCUUUGAUGAGGUGUUCCCUCUGGCACACGUGUGCAACGACACAAAUAAGAUGACGUUAAUUAACCCCCAAGGAGUCAAGUUCAAUCUCUACAAGCAAAAAGUGGAACGGGCAAUUAAGUCCUACGAAAAGCGCUUGAAUAAAAUUGUAUGGAGAGCGUUAUCUGAAGAAGAAAAAGAGAGGUUAGAUGCAGACAGACCAAUACGGUACUUGGAAAACAAGGCAGCUUUAAACCAAGCACUGGAACGGUUGAAUUGGCCCCUUUCAUUGAAAGAGCUGUCGAUGCUAGAAAAUGAAAUCCUCGCUGGGAAAAUGUACAUCCAGCAGGCCAUGGAAUUCCAGGAGGCCGCCAAGAAGAAUUAUGUGAACAAGACGCUGAUGGAGCAACAGAAAUCACAAGGAAAUUCAACAAAGAAAGUCAAGUCAAAAAAAGUGGAUCCUCUCAAAGGGCAGAAGGUUAUUGCAAGAUGUGAUGAAAACGGCUUUUAUUUUCCAGGGGUUGUGAAGAAGUGUUUGAACUCGACCCAUGCACUGGUGGGCUUCAGGUAUGGAGACACCAAGGUUGUGCCCACCUCAUUCAUCACACCUGUCGGGGGCGCCAUGCCUUGCCCUCUGCUCCAGGUUGGAGAUUAUGUGUUUGCCAAGAUAGUGAUACCUAAAGGAUUUGACUUCUAUGUCCCUGCCAUCGUCAUAGCACUUCCAAAUCCAGAUGUGACCUCAGAGAAGUUCUACACAGUUUUAAAGUGUAACAACCGAAGAGAAUUUUGCCCUCGGAGUGCACUUAUUAAGAUCAGCCAAAACAAGUAUGCUCUCUCUUGCUCUCAUAUAAAGUCGCCCCCAAUUCAGGAGGAUCCAAAUGUGGAGGAUUUGGAAGCCAGCAACUCUACUUUCCCAAUCUGGUCACUGACAGAAGUGGACACCGGGUCUUUCAAAGGACCAAAACAGGAGAACCCUAAAAAGAAGAAGAAGAAACCUGCUAAGAGGCCACCUCUCCAGGAGAUGGUAUCCUCAGACUCGGACAACUGCUCCCAUGGCACCAGUCUGUUGUAGGUAUCUCUAAUUGAGCGUGGACCCAGAAUAAAAACUCUUAAGUUGGAAA